AUGACGUCUCGCUCAGUUUGGCUCCUGAAGGACCUGAAGCAAACGCGGAGCGCGAACGUGCCCGAGAGAACAUCCGCCGGCCAAAGGCCUUCUGGGAAGCUUCUGCAGGACACAGAGGUUGCUGCCCUUCACGUCGCUUUCUCUCUGUGUGUCUGUGCAGCUCUGGUGGUUCGAUUCCUGACCAAACGAUUCAUCUGGGAGUACGACCCGACACUCGAGUCCACCUACCGCCAUCAGGCCAAUAUCGAUGAUGAGACCGUCAGCAUGGAGAUUCUGGACACGGCCGGACAGGAGGACGUUCUCCAGAAGGAGGGUCACAUGCGCUGGGGCGACGGGUUUAUCCUGGUCUAUGACAUCACAGACCGCGGGAGCUUCGAGGACGUGGCUCCGCUGAAGGGCCUCCUGGACGAGGUCAAGCGGCCCAAACACGUGCCUCUGGUGCUGCUGGGAAACAAGGCGGAUCUGGAGCACGCCCGGCAGGUGGCCACGGAGGAGGGCGAGCGGCUGGCUGCCGACAUGGCCUGCGCGUUCUACGAGUGCUCGGCGUGCGCGGAUCAGGUGGGGACGGGCGGAGGCGUGGCGGAGGCGUUUCACGAGCUCUGCAGGGAGAUCCGCCGCAGACGCGCCGUUCAGGGCAAAACCCGCCGCCGCAGCUCCACCACACACGUCAAACAGGCCAUCAACAAGAUGCUGACCAAGAUCAGCAGCUAAAGACAAGACUGCAAAACAUGCGAUUCCUCCUCAGUAUCUCCAGUACAAAGAGCUACACAUUCUUAAAGAGAUAGUUCACCCAAAAAUGGCAAUGUGCUGAAAAUGUGCUCAC